AUGGGGAAAUAUGAUGACGAAGAGCCAUGUAAACGUGAAGCUUGUAUUAUUCAAGACUGCUUAAACGCAAAUGGUUACAAAGAAGCCAAGUGCGCCAAGGCCAUCGAUAAUUUGUACAUAUGUUGCAAGAAGUUCUACGAGAAUAACGGGACAAGGACGGAUCAAACAACUACUUGCUGUCCAAAGUUUAGUUUGCUAGAGAAGAAAUUGAAAGAGAGAGGAAUUGAACCUCUCGAUCCUUCGAUUGUCAAAACAAGGCACGAAUAA